AUGGAACUUGACUUGGAUGCGGUUUCACGGGUACUGGAGACGUUAGUGGGAGCACCUGCUUCUCACCAUGGUUUUCCGUUAGUUUCGAAAAUUAAAACAAGGAAACGUACUUCAUUUCAGUCUCAUAAUAGGGCUGCUAGAGGCGCUUUCCCCAGCAAUGAUGACAAAGGAGAACCAAAAGAGGGGAUAACGACCAAUCAGAAGAAUACUAUUGAGAAUAACCGAGGCACACAGGAACUGUUGGUUUCUCCAAGGCGGACCAAACAACAACAUGAAAAGCUGCACCAACAGCACCGCACACGUCGUAAGCCUCUCAUACGAUUUGAUCCAUCACCUGAGCCGGUUCUUUCUAGAGUUAUUGAGGCCAGUGGCCUUGGUGCUUCUGCGGUUUUUAUUAAUGCUACUACCAAAGGCAAACACCAAGAGGACAAGGUUUGGACAACCAACCUUUACCAAACCCCACAUCCUUUUUUUGUGUUGAGCUCUCUUCCCAAGAACUAUUUGCGCAGAGAACUUGUCUCGCAUAUCGAACCCACGAAGAAUUCAACAGGUGUUCGUAUCGAGCGUAUAAGAGAUAUUGCGUUAUCUGUUUUGUUUGAAGCUAUUGCAGAUGAUUCGGGGGAACCAGAGACGCCGAUUGAGCGUCUUGUCGUAUCGUGCUCUAAUCACCCACGCACAGGUUACGUUGGCGUCCUCUGUGUGAAGGAUGUAAAAGGAACGCUAACUCGCGCCGUGAUUCCAGGUUCUUUAGUGGGACCGUUUAUAAAAUUGACAAUAUUUCCCAGAGAUGUAAUUAAAACAAAAGUUUUGCGUGCGAGUGCAAUAGAAUUGGCCUUUGCGGAUACUUGGACGGAACGUCGUAUUACUAAGGAGCCCAUGAUUUCCUUGGCAAACGAGGAGGAGGAGGAGGAGGAUGAAGUGGGCAACACUAAUCUAGUAACGUAUCCGCAGAGGGUGGGUGCAAUAGAAAGCGCAGGGGGAUCUCAUUCUGGUCACGUUGCAACACCACCUGUGAUGAGGAACCCGGUGAAAGUGAGGGGGUCUCCAUUGGUAUGUUCCACACCUCCCAUUUCUCCCGUUGAGGCUGCCCUGGGGGGUGAUGAAAGUGUUGAGGAUUCUCAUAAACUACAAACUCAGUUUGAACGCAUAGUACCACUGAAAGUAGAUUUUGUCGCACAAGCGGAAGCAGAAAGUGCGGGAGAGAGGGGAAUGCAUCCCCUUAAAAGCAGUAGGGCUCUUGGGUCGUCUACAACAGUGUCCAUAGAGCAAGAAGCUAACAAAGCAAUGAAGGCCUCUGUUUGCGGUGAAUCAGGCGACAGGGUAUUACGCUCCUUGGCGAACAAUUUUCCUUUGAUGCAUGCAUUGGAACCUACGGCGUGCAAAAAGGUUCGUGAGGAAGGUCGAGCAGAACCCGGUCUUGUUGAGGGCGGCGAAGGUGACUGUGCCGCGUCAAGGGUAGAUUCUGUUGAAACUGUACUUGGUAGGAAACAUGUGUCGAAAGCGUUGAUUGCGUGGAGCAUUAAGCGACAGCUUCUUCAGGACAAAAAUGUCAUGCGCUCCCUAAGAGAGGACACAGACGCCCCAUUUGAUGUUGCGCAGCCUGAAUUACCUGGCCAGCAAGAAAUACGAGGGGUUGAUGCUGAUGCGCGCUGUAGCCAAUUCCAUGGAGUCUCUGCAUCACGAGAGACUAAACAGGCGCGUUACGCUUGGGAUGCAGUGAGUCACUGGAGUCUUCAGAGUGCAUUGCGAGAAUUAACGACAAAUGCAAAAACGUUUACAGUGACAAUUGCACGUACAAUCGAUGAAGUCUUUGCUUCGCUUUCUCAGUCCUGUACUCUACAGAUGCUUUUUGUAUUGUAUGGUGGUGAAGCACAGGCCCCGGCAUCAUCUUUAGAUGAUUGCUUUAACCUCAUGGUAACAAUUGCGCGUGCCGAACGUCGACGCGGACGCAAUACGGAGCUUAUGUUUAGGAUUGCAGAUGGGUUUGCCUGCUUGUUGCAUCCGUGCCGUGAGUUGGAGAUGAAACCUCAAUGGUUAAUGGUUUCCAUGCAGACUCAUCCAGCUCGUGUAAACGAUUGUUUGUUGGAGGCUCUGCACCUUCACGAUGGAGGUUUGCAGCCAUUUCGGGAACGACGGUCUGAGGAUUCCGUUGUACCCUCCAACGUCACAGAGAAGGAGAUCCCUUUGUGCAAACCAGCUGUACUGCACUCUGUUGUUGAUUUUUCCUGUCUUUUUGAGACUUUGUUGCCUUCAUUGCGGGCUUGGCUCACUGUAGGCGACCUCUUUUACUACGGCGAUGUCCAUCCCGUUCUUCACUCCUUUAUCAACGAGGGUGGCAUCAUUCCUCCUACGGGGUGGUUCAAAUGUGUUCUGCAUGGAACAGUGCGGUCUGUACUUUUAUCCUUGCCAGGCACCGGGUGUGGCGAGCCGCGUGAGAUGCCGCCCGCAGCGCGGAGGAGACUUGCAUGUAUCACGCUGCGUAGUCUUGUGCCGUUUGUGGCGGUGUGGCAACCACACCUUCGCGCCGUGAGGGUUGUACUAUCAAAUGACCAUGUGCUUCAUCACAUCGAGUUGCUGGAUGGUGUCUUGCUGGAUCGCCGCGAGUUGGCGCUGGCUGCGGCUCUAUCGCCUCAGUCGUGGAGUAAAAUUGAACUCCUCAGCGACGGCAGCACUCCAAUUGGGUGCACAGCUUCACGUGGUGAAUGUUCUACCGCUGAGGUGCCGAUGGCGGCAGCGGCGGUAUCCUUGGGCAAUGCCACAACAACGAGUGUCUUGGCUUUUCAGGUGUUGAGUACCGCUCUUCGGCGGUCGUGGAUGGUGGUGGGUUUGUCACUUCUGGCAGGGAUACCGUUUGACGAAGAUGCAUUCAUGGACACGGUACUUCGCUGGGCGUACGCCUGGCCGCGUGCCAUCGUCCUUUUCCACACGGACCCUUUUGGGAAGGAGUUAUCACCACAUCUCUCCACGGGGUUUCUUGAGGCCUUCGCCCCCGUUGCUGGACUGCAGAGCGCCAUAGAGGCCCUUUCGGCUAAUCCAUAG